AUGACGCUUACGUGUCUGAUAAAUGCUAAACCGGAACUAACCGACUCGAAAUUCGAUAUCACCCCCUUAGAGCCGGCACUGGCCAACAAUGAUCAUGGUUUGGGUACAAGCGAUGACCAUCAUGUUAUCAACAUCACGGAGUUGGCCAGUGUUAACCCCUCCAUCCUCAUCCGAUCAAUCCCCGCCGUUGAUUUUAACCCUCGGAACUUUGAGUUUGAGGACGGCGUCGAGUGUGUCGUUUGUCUCUCUGAGCUCGCCGAAGGAGACAAAGCCAAGCUCUUACCGAGCUGCAAACACUGGUUUCACGCACAUUGCAUCGACGCUUGGCUUGAGUCGCACGCCACUUGCCCUAUCUGCAGAACGAGAGUACGCCUGUUCCAAACUAACGAACCAAGUUCCGGCAAUCUAACUUGUUCUGAUGAGCAUUCAGCAGAUGUGACGGCGGUUGUUGUAGACAUCCCGACAACCUUCCAAGUCGGAGAUUUGGGCCCAUCACAUCCCUGA